AUGCCUCCUAAAAGGAAGAGGUCUGCCGUGGCGAGUACACCGUCUUCUGUGGACAGUCCUGCGUUUGCCAUGGAUAUAUCACAAGUUCGCAAGACAGAAGUGCCUUUGCCACCGAAUGUAUCGAAGCUACCGCGUCGCCAAUCGUCCCGUGGCGUUAAAGCUGAAAAGACUGAUCCUACUGUCAAUCCCGAGAUUCUUGAUGGAGCUGCUGCGUUACGAGCAUCUCCCGAUGGACAUGAAGACGCACCAAUAGACUCUGUUCUGAAGCCUCCUGCGACUACCGCGCCGGUAGCUCCCGCUACGAAUAACAAGAGAAAGAAGGCUGGUUCGCAGAAAGUCGAGGUUGAGGAGGAAGAGGAAGACACCAGUGUCAAGGUGUCUAAUGGCGUUGUUGAUCCUGCAGCCGAUGCUGGUGUUUCUGGCGACCCUGAAGAUGCUGAAGGCGCAGAGGGUGAGGAGGCAGAGUUUAAAGAGGCUUUAUCAAGACCUCCACCGGUUAACUCUUCAUAUCUUCCUCUUCCAUGGAAAGGACGGUUGGGCUAUGCCUGUCUCAAUACGUACCUUCGAAGCUCGAAUCCUCCUGUCUUCAGCUCCAGAACUUGUCGUAUUGCGAGUAUUAUCGAGCAUCGUCAUCCUCUAAAGGACCCGUCUCAGCCGGAGCAUGCCACCAAGAACCGCCCUGAUAAGGACCAGCCAGCGGAUAUCGAGCGCGGUAUGAAAUAUGUCGAAGAGAUAGGACUCGCCAAUGCGCGAGACGUAAGCAAGAUGGUGCGCUGGAAUGACAAGUAUGGCAUCAAGUUUAUGCGACUAAGCAGCGAGAUGUUUCCCUUUGCGAGCCACGAAGAGUAUGGCUACAAGCUUGAGCCAUUCGCCGCUGAUACACUUCAAGAAGUGGGCAAAGUGAUUGCUGAGCUAGGCCAUCGAGUAACUACACAUCCAGGACAGUUCACUCAGCUGGGGUCGCCGCGAAAGCAGGUCAUUGACAAUGCCAUGAGGGAUCUUGAGUAUCAUGAUGAGAUGCUUUCUUUAUUGAAGCUACCAGAGCAACAGAAUCGUGACGCUGUUAUGAUUCUGCAUCUUGGAGGAGCCUAUGGUGACAAGCCAGCUGCGAUUGAGAGGUUCAAGGAGAACUAUGCGAAGCUUCCUCAGAGCGUUAAGAAUCGACUUGUGCUUGAGAACGACGACGUUGUCUGGUCGGUGCAUGAGCUGCUCCCUCUAUGUGAAGAGCUCAACAUUCCAUUUGUGCUGGACUACCAUCAUCACAAUAUCAUUUUCGAUGAGACACAGAUCCGCGAGGGCACGAAGGAUAUCAUGGAACUCUACCCGCGUAUACUCAAGACAUGGCAGAGGAAAGGUAUCACACCCAAGAUGCAUUACUCGGAGCCUACGCCUGCAGCCAUCACUCGCACUACACGAAGGAAGCAUUCACCGCGUGUCAUGACCUUGCCUCCUUGUCCAGAUACCAUGGACUUGAUGAUCGAGGCAAAGGACAAGGAGCAGGCAGUGUUUGAGCUUAUGCGGACUUUCAAACUUCCAGGGUUUGGCACAUUCAACGACAUCCUACCUCACACACGACAGGAUGAAAAUAGACCAUGGAAACCUAAGGCGAAGAAGGCUGCGACAAAGGGGAGAAAGAAGAAGACAGACGAUCUUGACGACUUGGAUGCAAAGAUUGAAGACGCUGAGGAAGAGGACAAGCCACCGCCAGUAGUUCCAGAGGAGGAGGUAGGCAUGGGAGGACCAGAGGGACGAGUGUACUGGCCUCCAGGAAUGGAGGACUGGCUCAGACCCCCAAAACGCAUCAUCAAGAAGAAGGACGAGGGCGCGGCCACGCCCGCGAAGAAGAAGCGUAAGACGGCAGGUGACGCGGGGUCUGUAACGAGUGAGAUUGCUCCACCUGAAGAUAUCAAGACGCCCAUGAAGACGGCAGCCAAGAAAGCCACGAGCCAGGCUAAGCGGGGUGUAUCAAAGUCUACCACUAGCAAGAAGAAGACGGUCCCGAAAUCAGCGCCAACACCGUCAGCGUCUGACGAGGACGACGAAGACGAGCUUAGCACACCUCCACUUAGCGACAUAGGCACAGACGAGGACGAUGCUCCUGCCGUGCAGAAGCGAAACGCACGGCCUGCGCCCACACGGAACAAGUCUGCCAGGGCUACGGCUCGCAUUAGCUACAAAGAGGAGGAGGAGACAGACGAGAGAUAG